CAUAUGGUGAAGGUCCGCAUAUCGAAGUGUCGACUGCCAGAUUCGGGCAUUGCCAACGCUGUAGCAGCCAGAACAGUCCGUAUCUCAGCCAGGCAAGAUGGUCUUCAUUCUCGGUGUCAACUUCCCUGAGCGGAACCUCGUCAAGAAGUCCCUCGAGUCCUUCUUCGGCGUUGGUCCUCAGCACUCCUCCCGGCUCAUGUCCCGCUUCUAUAUCCACCCGACGGCCAAGGUCGGCGAGCUCGCCAACAAGCAGGUGCUCGAACUCACAGCGGCGCUAUCGGAAAUGAAGAUCGAGAACGACCUCCGCAGACAGGUGUUGGAUGAUAUCAAGCGAUUGAGGGAUACCGGUACUUACCGUGGCCGGAGACAUGCCCUGGGAUUGCCGGUCCGCGGCCAGAACACGAGGAACCAGAUCAAAACUGCUAUCAAGCUCAACCGUGUCGAGCGACGACUGUGAUAUAUACGCUUUUUCAUUGUGGGGAAACAUCGGAGGGCGUUUAUCUUAUUAUUUCCUGCUGCUGGUCAUCGCCUCAAUUCCUUUUAUAAUGUACAGUAUUUGUAUCACGAAGCUCGAAGAAGAAUAGAGAAGGAAAAAGGAUAACACUU